AUGGCAAAAACAACAAUAACAUCUAUUAUGUUUACAAUUAAUCAAAAUAUAAUGAAUUUUUCUUGUAUGAAAUUUCGACAAAUUGAACAUGGACGUAUUGAAGUAGUAUAUCCCAGUGCAAAUUUAAUAAAUAGUAAUGAAAGAAUUGAUGGAUAUCAAAAUAGUAAAGAUCUGUGUGAUUUUGUGGAAGAACGAUUAAAUUCCGUUUCGUUUUUAAAUAAUGAUGGUGAAGAACAACAUGAAAAAUUAGCACUGAUGAUAGUCAACAAUGAUUCACAUUCCAGUGUUGAUAUUUCAAGAUUAUCUGAUGAAUUUUAUGAACGAAAUAUCACUUUAGCUAUUGUUGCUUGUGAAACACCUCCUUUCGAAAUUUGGGAUUUAUAUUGUACAUCAGCUCGUAAUACAGGAGGUGACUAUAUGCUGUUAUCAAAUGCUCCACGUGUUUUAUCACGUGUGAUUUCGUCAGUUAUUAAUGAACAAGAUACUCUUCGUCAGGUGUUUCUUCACAUCGAUACGGAAAAUGCUCAACCUGUUGCAACCGGUGUUGGUCAUGUAGAAGCAGAAGGUGGACCAAUCGAUAAUAUGUCAGAUUUUGAUUUUGAUCAUGGCUUGUCUUUUUGA